AUUGCCCGCCCAACUGCAACCAUCCGUUGUUGCUAAGUUUACCAAAGUGAAGCAAUUUAUAAAUUCUCAGGACAAGUUAUGGCUGACGCUACUCUUCACAUAGCAAUGUACCCUUGGUUGGCACUAGGACACCUGACCCCAUUCCUCCACCUUGCUAAUAAACUAGCCAAGAAAGGUCACAGAAUCUCCUUCUUCAUCCCCAUCAAAACCCAGCACAAGUUGGAGCAUUUCAAUCUCCAUCCUGAUCUCAUUACAUUCGUCCCAAUUUCUGUUCCCCAUGUUGAUGGCCUCCCUCCAGGUGCAGAGACCACUUCAGAUGUUACUUACACUUUAGUCCCGCUCAUCAUGACCGCCAUGGAUCAUACCGAGGGUGACAUAGAACUUCUUUUCCAAGACCUUAAACCAGAUGUUGUCUUGUUUGAUGUUGCCCACUGGAUGCCAAUGUUAGCACGCCGUCUAGGCAUCAAGUCCGUUCGCUACGACAUCACCUGUUCUGUUAUGACAAGUUAUGUCUCAUCUCUGGCAAGGUUUAGGGAGAACAAGUACACUGAAGCUGACCUUAUGGAGCCUCCCUCAGGCUUCCCAUCCUCAUCCAUUAAGCUUAGCAACCGCGAGGCACGGUCUUUUGCUAAGGUGAGCGUCAUGGAGUUUGGAAGUAGAAUACGGUUUGUUGACCGCCAGUACAAGUGCUUGAGCGAAUGUGAUGCACUAGGAUUCAAGACAUGCAAAGAAAUAGAAGGACCCUUUGCUGAGUAUCUUGGAAGCCAAUUUGGGAAACCUGUGAUGCUCUCAGGACCAAUUAUACCCGAGCAAACGACAUCUACAUUAGAUGAAAAGUGGGAGAAGUGGCUUGGAGGAUUUAAACCAAACUCUAUAAUAUACUGUGCAUUGGGAAGUGAAUGCAAUUUACAGAAGGACCAGUUCCAGGAAUUGGUACUGGGUCUGGAGCUUACUGGCAUGCCAUUCUUGGCAGCUCUUAAGCCACCUCCAGGACUGGAGUCCGUUGAGUCGGCAUUGCCCGAAGGCUUUGAAGAGAGGAUUCAAGGAAGAGGGGUUGUUUAUGGUGGCUGGAUUCAACAACAACUGAUCCUGGAACACCCUUCAAUUGGGUGCUUCAUAACCCAUUGUGGAACAGGCUCUUUAUCAGAGGCCUUGAUCAACAAAUGCCAGAUAGUACUGCUGCCACAAAUUUGGGACCAGAUCAUUAAUGCAAGACUGAUGGGCAUAGUCUUGAAGGUUGGCGUCGAGGUGGAUAGAGGAGAAGAAGAUGGAUUCUUCACAAUGGAAAGUGUCUACAAGGCAGUGAGGGCUGUGAUGGAUAAAGACAGCGAGAUUGCAACAGUGGUUCGAGCUAACCAUGCCAAAUUCAGAGAGUUAUUGCUUAACAAGGAUUUCGAGCCAUCUUAUAUUAAUGACUUCAUUGAGAUGCUUGUAGCUCUUCUCAAGUAAAUCCUUUACGUAUAGACUCU